AUGGCCAGUACAAGCUUGACGGCUUCUUACCUGACGCCGGACCCAAGCUUCAAUUGGUUUUUUCUCCUGGAGCUCUUCGUUUGUUGUAUUCUUGUUUUAUUCUUUCUCCUCUACUUCAAUCGGCUGUUCGCGACCCUUGUAUCCUACGGAAUUCGAGCCUAUACCUGGCACUACUACCGCGUUUAUGUCGAUAUCAACGCGUUGCAAGUGUCGCUCCUGGGUGGCAGAAUAUUCUUCAAGGGUGUUCGGUACCAUGGAGUGAAUGAAACGAUCUUCAUCCAUGGAGGGUUCAUAACGUGGAGGUAUUGGAAACGUCCAGUGGCACGCACCGAUCUAUCCGACUUCAAAGAGAAAACCAGCGGCUAUGAUGCGGCAAGCAAAGAAGAGAAUGGUUCUGUUCCAGACACACCCAACAAUACAAAUGCAAGUCUGGGAGAACAAGGUGGAGCUGAAAAGGCCAUUAAGUUGCCGUGUCGCAUCUCAAUUACAACCUACGGCUUAGAAUGGUUCAUUUACAAUCGAACUCCCGCCUACGAUAGUAUUCUUGCUGGCUUUGGAUACACCAAGGAUGUAUGGGAUGAUGGCGAGAGCGAUGAUCACUCCCAAGUCGGCGUACAGCCAGGGCGGACUGACACAGCGUUCACAAUGGAGUCUGAGCGUGGAACAAAAACAAGCCUCGACAACGUUUCUGAUAAUAAUACGGGUGAAAGGGAACAUUUGGAUUAUCAAGCCUCCAAUAACCGUCAUGCCGAAAUCUCGGAGCCGGUAUCGAAUUUGCUUGAGCUCUUACCGGUAAAACUCGAUUGCACUAAAGGAGCAAUUGUGAUGGGAAACGAGAACACGCGCUCUGUUUUGACAACGACUUUUGAUGGUGCGACCGGAAAUAUUGCUGCUUGCAAGGCAGGCUCGCUAGACUUGUAUCGACAGCUUUUUUCCUUCAAGUUCAAGCACCCAGUGGUCCAAAUGCGGCCCAACCCCGACUUCAAACAGACGCAAUUGGCUACUGCUAAAGUUUUAGGUGCUGCAGAAGAUGAAGAACCAGUCUUGAAAUGGAACCGGGGGAACAUCUUCAGCUAUCGCUUUCAGAGACGCAAGAUAUGGCACGGUAUUCGUGACCUUGUUCCGUACUUCCAAACCUCUGUGGAGUCGUUCAACUUGGGAAAUAGAAAAGCCGAUAACAUGCCAAGAAGUCAGGCAGAGUUUCCAGAUGAUAUCCGUUGGACUGGUCUCUCCCGAUAUCUGGACGAAGCUGAUGACGAUGAUCAUGAAAAAUGGAAUUCAGUCGAGUAUGCCCGAUUUUCCACCAUCUUUGAUGGCCCCAGCUUAGAAUUGACGUAUUUCUGGGACAUUCCCGGUCAUGUUAAGCCGGAGCAUGUGGUCUCUGACGAGCAAAUGAACAAGAACAUCAACCAUACCUCCCCUCCAGAAUGGGGCAUCGAUCUCAAGAUAGAUGGUGGAACAAUCAACUAUGGACCCUGGGCCGACAGGGAGCGAAUUGGGCUGCAAAAUGUUUUCUUUCCCAAUUUUUAUCGCAGCGCGGAAGCCGCAGAGUCGCUUAGGCCUGGCAUGUUAAGACAAAGUACUUCCUUCAAGUUGCAAAUUGAAAUUAGCCAGGAGCUCAUACUCCGAAUUCCCACUCGAGAGCAGUCAAAGGACUGGCAGUGGAAAGGCCGCGCGGACGGUGUUGGGGGUACUUCGAAAGUGAAGAAGCAAAGUGAGAGAGGGAAAUCGCGCCCUAAGGAAGGUGAAAAGGGCCAUAUUGGCCCUGAUAUUCGUCCAUUUGGGUGGCUCUCUCUUCGUGUUGGCCCUGACUCGACCAUCAGCUAUAACAUGGAUAUGGCAGCAUCACGUACAGGGUACCGAAAUGAGCUCGCUCUGGAAUUACGCGACUCGAAGCUCUCUUCCAGCGUGAAUCAUGGGCUGCUAUGGCAAUGCCCACGACAGUUAGUGACAUGCGACUUGUCCAAUCCCCUCUCCUGGAACAACCUGCGUUCAUGGAAUUUUGCGAUUGAAAGUCAUAAAAUGGAGCUCUAUCUCUUACGAGAUCACAUUUUUCUUUUGACUGAUCUUGUGACCGAUUGGGCAUCUGGCCCCCCAUCCGAAUAUUACACUUAUGUGCCAUUUAUCUACAACAUCGACCUCAACUUCUCAAACCUGGAGUUACUGGUGAAUGUAAAUGACCGCAACAUCAUCAGCAACCCGUCUGAUCGCGAGGAUAAUCGAUUCAUUGUCAUCAAGGGCAAGCAGUUGACAGCGAAUGUGACAAUUCCCUUGGAUAAGUAUCAACCUGAACAUAAUACAGUGGAGUUUAAGGUUAACCUCCAAGAUGGAGGUGUGGAUCACUUGGUUCCUGCCUGGGAUACACAUCAUGCUUUCUUGCCAGGAGCUGAAAUGGCAACACUGGAUAGCCUUCUUAUUGAUGGGUCGUACACUUACUUCCUUUCAACAUCUCCAGAAUUGACAGAUACUCUGGUGCUUAAUCUCGAUGGUACGGCACCUAGAUGCUAUCUCUAUGGAUUUUUGAUCAAGAGCUUCAUGGCCGUCAAAGAAAAUUACUUUGGUGAUGAGAUGCAUUUCAAGACUCUUGAAGAAUACCAAGACCUGCAGGUGGCGUACACCACCUUGAAGGAACCGCCCGCGAACCCUACGGGUAUCAAUCCGAACCGAAAAUCAAACGACAUGGAUGUCUUAGUCCAUGUAACGGUGGACAGUCCGUGCGCUCUACUGUCCGAAAAUAUCUACGACCAUUUGCAAUGCACAAGACUUCGGGCUGCCUCUCUGGAAGCAGAUUUGCGAUUUACCAACUACUACAUGGACAUGCAAAUGUCGAUUAGUCCACUCAAGAUAGAUUUGCAGUCUACUGAAGAGGACGGGUCCACAUCCAUAUCCGAAACUCAGCUGUUCCUCGAUGGGAUCUCAGUUUACGGCCAUCGUCUUUUUGGAUUACCUCCUGCUGAGCCAACCUAUGUUUGUAACUGGGACUUCGACGUGGGCAAAAUUACAGGCGAAUGUUCCCCGGAAUUUCUGGCAUGCGUGGCAUCGAGCCUCAAAAGCUUUGAUUUUUCGUUUGACAAUGAGGAAAACACGUUGCAUCCACUCUUCCCGCCUGUUCUCCAUGACGUGACCUUUUUAAGGGCCAAGAUUAACUCGAUCCAUAUCACUGUUUUGCUGGACCAGACGGCUCUCAUGAUUUGCUCUAGGCCAUUAACAGUCAACUUCAACGACUGGGCAACCACUAAGUUCUCAAAGCGUAUGAACUUAUUGAUGCCUGACCUGACUGUCGCUGCAGUUGAUCGUCAGUCCGCUACCCUAGCUUUCCGAUCGUCUGACAAGAGAGUGGACCCUCUUGGAAUUGUCAAAGUGGCGAUAGGAUUCAAGAUGGCGAUUCGCAAACAGGACAUCACCGAAAGUAGACGUUUACAACAGGAACAUAUCAGAACACAAGAUCGGCGUACCCAUCGAGCUCAGUGGCUACUUUUUGACUUGGAAGAGAUUGCGCCUAUCUCGUCUAUCCCUCACGCUGAUGGUCUCUCAAUACCAACGAUCGCCAUACCUUCAAUGCCUGAGCCUAUGCAUCAAAGCUUUGGCUCUGUAAACGCCCCGUCAUACAGAGGGUUUUCGGGGACUCAACCUGCGGGAAGUGCCAGGAGUUUUCUUGUCCACUCCGAAACAUCAAGUAUCAAAAGCACAAAAAUUCGAAACAAUGGCUUUCAAACCAUCGUGUCAGCUCCUAGCUCAGAGUCAUUAUAUCGGCCUGUCGCCCCCCUCCGUGAAGACAGUUGGAGCACUUUACAGGUCAAUCGAACUAAGGAUAAUGACAGCCAUGGUUAUUCUACUCCCAGAGCAACUUCGUAUUCGCCAGCAGCCAUCAGAGAUGCGAAUCCUUGGAUCCUACCACACUUUUCCUAUUACAAGCUUUCUUUGAACACCUCCGAGCUGCCAUCGACAACCAGUAACGGGCCUGUUGCUAAUGAAGAUGAUAAAUACACGACCGCGAGUUCUAUGUUUUUGACCUUCGAAGAUGAUCAAACCACACACACCAACCUUGCAUUGGAUCUCCCAUCUGGUAUCCGAGGCUUCUGUACCCCAAGGUUCCUAUUCUCCUUGUCUGCCUUGUUGGAUGGUUUGGAGCCAAAACAUCCAGUUCAGAUCAUUGAUUCCCUUCAAAAGGAUGUCAUCGCCGAUAUAGUAGGUUAUGACAAGUCUAUGAGCCAGCCGAGGCAAACAACUUCCGUUUCACUUCGCAUCCCAUCCAUCAAAUUGAGAUUGGUGGAUGUUUCAGAAUCACCCGUCAAUAAUCAAAUUGAACUUCGAGAUGAAUACGGCAUUGAGGUUCACCAUCUUCGAGCCGAGGUGCAACGACGCGUUCAACGGCAAAAGGGCGAUCUUCUUGAAGGUCUCAACCAAGGCAUUACUGCCCAUGUGGCGGCGGAUCAUCUCUCCGUAUCUGUUGAAGGAAGUCGAACAGAUGCUUUCCAGGAAAAGGCCGUGUUCAACUGCAAUCUGAGCGAUUUGAACUUCUGGCUUGUGACAUCUCCCAAUGUUCGCUCGAAUUUACAGAUGCGAACAUUCAACACUGCAACUUCCGCUAGAUCAGUGGAACGGCUGGCAUUUCUUGUCCGACGAGCUACAACCAUGUUUGACUCUGUUGCAUCGGCAUUCCAAAAUAUUUCAACUGCAAGCACGCGGCGCCUGCAGUAUCUCAUUUAUUUCGCGACGCAAUCAGCAACCGACAUUCCGGACCCAAUAUUCCUCGCACGCAUAUCCUAUGUUCUUCGAGUUGCGUCAUCUCAUCUGCGCCAACACGAUUCUUGGAAAAUUAUUUCUCGAAUCCGAAAUAUCUACAAAAACUCUCCGGUCCAUAAACGCCGCGAAUUGGAGCGAAGAUGCCUGGAAAACAAUCUUCCAUUGCCGCCUGAUGCUAGAUCGACUGUCUUUACUGGCUUUGACCAGUGGCGAGCAUGGGAUUUGGCACUUGUGGAAAAGAGUUAUGUCAUGCGCAAAAUUUGGCCAAGCCCUGAACCCCGAAAGACUGCAACCAAACCAUCUAUGUUCAUGUCUUGUACAAUCAAGACAUUUAGGUUCUCUUUGGAUCCCGGUGCAAGGGGCAAUGAGUUUAUUGUCGAAGAUUUGUCGACAGUCGCAAAGCUUGUGCCCGAACACAUAUCCCAAGAUGAGGGCACGAUACACCUCAAGAAGCUUAUCACAUUGCAGGCAUACUGUUCAUCUGCCGCUCUUCAUCUACGCUGGGAGGUUCUGGAUCUUGUCGAAGGCAUUGUGAAAGUGAUGUCAACAGUCACCCUUGAAUCCAAAUCGGUACAAUCAUCGCCCAGUGAUGGACAGAAAGAGCCAACAGAGUUGCAGAUUGCUUUUGGCACAGAUUUUGGAUCCAUCACUCUUGAUGGUAUCAACGUCAAGCUUGCGUUGGUCUCCAAGGGUCUACGAGGCUCCAUUGUCCACAGCUCAGCCGGUACAAAAACGACAGGCAAAGAAGAACUCGCUCUUUUGUUCAGUUCAGAGGCAUGCUCGUCUGAAUUAUUGAGCCAGUCGGGAUCGCUCAUGCUGUCCAGAAUUGCCGAUCCAUACUUGUAUUUCUCACUUGUAUCCGAAGAAGAUGAAAAAGAAUGCCAAAAUGAUUGGAGGGUUGCUGCGUCGUGCAAAAAACUUCGAUUCGAGAUGAAAGAAGAUCCUGUUGGUCUUGCCCAUGUGGCAGACCGACUUAUUGAGGACGAAGUCAGGUACAUUCGACAGCUUACCAACAACUGCAAACUUGCACAGCCUGCUAGUCCUCAAGUUGAAAUUCGACCAGUGUCGGGAAAGCCCACCCACAAUCGCAUCAAUGUGGCCAUGUUCCUGGAUGACUAUCAGCUCAGACUAAGCCUCUUGCCGUCCCUGACUUACAUUAUCUCUGGUGACGUUGCCCGCAUGUCGAUUAUGCCUACAAAAUCGUCUCAGAUCGAGGUCGACUUUGAUGUGAAGCAAAAUUCCCAUACAUUCCUGUCAGGUGAAGGUGUCAAGUCACGGGCGUUGUCGAAAUUGGAUAUCCCUCCAACCAAUGGUCGGAUCCUUGCAAAUCUCUCAUCUGGCCGCAAGGAGUUGGAGGUGGACCUCACAAUUGAAAUGAUUCGUCUUGAAGCUAGUGCCGUUCGGAGUCUCUUGGGUGUUCUGACAGGGCCAGAUGUUGCCCAUCUCCUGGAGGACCUUAAACAGAACGUUGACGUUCUUCAGUCCCACUUGGGUGAUGCACUUUCGCUGGAGAAAGCAAGUAAACCGAAUCCUGUCUCUGAUGAGUCCCCAGUUCUAUACAAGGCUCGGCUUACAAUGGCUGGAUUUGAGAUACAUGCUGUUGCGCCCGGGUUGAAUGGAAAGGAUUACAAGGCAGAAAUGGUCUUCAGCCUUGGGACGAUGCAAAUGAGUGUCCAGAAUGGCCUGGACCGAGGUUACCCCAUGGAAUAUCCCGAGUUCAAUGUUGAUGCUUCUCAAAUCGGCUUCCUACUGCGACGUCUAGAGAAAGACCAAGCCAGAUCAUACGGCGGCUUCACGUUGGCCGUCAAACUUCAUGGAACAUCCACUGUUCGUGAAAAUGGGGAAGUCAUGCGCGCCUACCAUUUCACGAGUGACAAAUUUGACAUUGAGCUUUUUGCCGAGACGGCUGCUUUGGUAGUGGAUAUUGCUAUCUACACUCAAGAGCGUAUCAAGACAUUGGAUCUGUCUCAUGAGGUCAAACGCCUACGCAGACUGCGGCACCGCAAUCACAAGCAAACAAAUGACACCCAUUCUGACGUUCCAAAGAUUCAGGUGAAUGAUGAUGCUGCUGCUGCUCAAGUAUUUCUGAAUGCCCUAUAUUCUUUUCAUUUCAAAGGCAUCCAAGUCGCGUGGAAUAUGUCAUCUCCUCUCUCGGGUAGUGGUGGUCGCCAGCCAGAAGAUCUUGUCUUUUCUAUUCAACAAGUCGAGUUGUCCAACAAGAAGAAGAAUACAGCCAGGCUUCGGAUUGAGAAUAUGCAGCUUCAGAUGGUUCCGUUCCGUGCAGAUCGGAGGAAGCGGUCUCUGAACUCCGCUCUCAUGCCUCAACUGGUGUUCAAUGUUGCUUAUCAUUCCAUUGGGAAAGAACUGUGGCUCGUAUUACAGGCAGCAGGCAAAUCCCUCGACAUUCGUGCUACAUCUGAAUUCAUCAUUCCUGGCAAUAUGAUCCGGAACUCUAUCGCAUCCGCGAGCGAGGCCUUGCGGGAGGGCAAAGCAGCUUGGGCUACAAAUCCAUCUCCUGAUCCAGAUAAUGGCCCAAAAAGCCAGGGUCUGUUUGGCAACAGACGAGUACGAUCUGUUCUCGUGGACGUUGAUUUUGCCGGUGCUACGGUCUCGCUACAAGGAAAGCGAAGUCAGGAUCCUCAGACUUUGAUGGCUGCCAAUAUGAAGGGUAGCCGACUUUCCGAAGCGAAAUAUGGCGAAUAUGUACAAGGAGAUUCCGCGACCACCGCGACUUUGCAGGCGCCAGGGGUGGCCUUGAAGGUUCAUUUCGAAGAUAAUGGCACUGAUGACCCAGCGCUAAAUGCAGAGCUGAAGGUCAAUCCAUCCAGCAAUGUUCUAUACCCGACGCUUGUCCCACUUGUCAAGCAAAUGACGGCUACUGUGAAGGAGAUCAUGGGAGCGAAAAAUCAGCAAAGUCGUCCUCGACGUCUUUCCGCUGCAACGAAACUACAAUCGCAAAAGAUGAUGCAAGAACCUCCAUUUGGUGCACCGGAUCCCAGCUCCAUUCUUGGGCGAUGCAAGGUCAAUCUGGGGUUGUUGUUCUGUAAGCAAGAAUUCAGUCUUAGCUGUCAGCCGAUCGCCAGAGUGGCAGCAACGGCACGAUUCGAUAGUGUUUACGUUACGGUCAACACAAUCAUGUCCAAAGAACAGGGUCGUUUCGUUGCUCUUUCUCUGGCAUUCAAUAAUUUGGAGGCUUCUGUAAAGCAUGUUUACUCCAAUGAGUCUACCGCGAGUUUUGAAGUUCAGUCCAUGGUCUUAUCUCUGAUGAACAGCAAGCAUCUUGGCCGUAAAAGUGGCAUGUCAGCGAUUCUCAGAGUAAGUCCAAUGAAGGUUGUCCUCAAUGCCAAACAAGUACAAGAUACCCUGUUGUUUCAAGAGAUCUGGCUUCCAUCCGAUGAUGAGCCUAGCUCCAGCUCAACGCUACAACCAGAGGAACCGCCUGAACCAGAGGCCCAGACCUACAUUGUUCAGCGUUACCAGCAAGUUUCUGCGGCAUCGGCUUUCCCUUGGAACACGACUAUUGCUAUUGAGAAGCUGGAAAUUCAACUAGAUCUCGGAUCAACUCUGGGCAAGGCUCAGUUUGCCAUCGACAACUUGUGGGUUUCUUCCAACAAGACCUCAGACAACGAGCAAACUAUGUGCAUCAACUUUGAUUCUAUUGGUAUUGAGAGCAAGGGACGCAUGAGUGGCAUUGUUGAAAUGCGAACAGUCAAAGUUAGCACCUCCAUUCAAUGGCCAGAGUCCCGUGAGGCUGGGCACACACCCCUCAUUCAAGCCUCCAUCGCUUUCCAUCAUCUCCAAGCGAAGGUUUCAUUUGACUAUCAACCGUUCCUGGUGGCACAUAUUGCCAUGUUCGACUUCCUCAUGUACAAUGUUCGUGAACCUUCGGGUGAACAGAGUCAACGGCUCUUUAGUAUACUUGAAGGCGACGAAGUGCAAGUUUUCUGUACAUCUUUGACGGCAUCCCAGACCCUCGCACUCUUCCAAGCCUGGCAGAGGCUAGUGCAGGACAAGAAGUCCGCUUACGAGGCAUCUCUGCGUGAGGUUGAGCGAUAUCUACGCCGCAAAUCCUCCAUUGCUCCCACCCAGUUGGGUAUUCGCACAAAAGAAGAUAUCAAAAAGGAUGAUGAGUCGGAGAGGGCACCCAUACAACUUCAUACCCGUGUGGUUAUCAGUAUCCACCAUAUCAAUCUCGGUGCCUUCCCUAGUUCAUUCUUUGACAACCAAAUCUUCAAAAUGGAAGCCUACGAUGCGCAGGCCCGAUUUUCCGUGUCGCUUGAAUCCGACAAGAUCCAUAGCGCAUUGGGCUUGACGCUUGGUCAGCUCCGCGUGGCACUUUCUGGAAUAAGCCGGCCUAGCUCGGUUCAACUGGAAGAGCUGUCUGUGGAUGAAAUCGCCCAACGAGCCGCCGGCUCCCGUGGCGGCACCAUUCUCAAGGUACCUCGACUUGUGGCGGGGAUGGAAACCUGGCAAGUGCCGGGAGCUCGGGAGAUUGAAUACAUCUUCCACAGUAGCUUUGAAGGCAAGGUCGACGUGGGCUGGAACUACUCGCGCAUCAGUUUCAUCCGCGACAUGUGGGAGUCACACUUGCGGGCACUCGCCUCACGGCUUGGUAAGCCACUCGCUCCCUCUGCGGUUCGGAUUACUGGUGGUCCUGGCAGCGGUAGUGAAGGGGGUGGCGAAGGAGCCGAGCAGCAAGAGAAGAUUACUGCUGUGGUCAAUGUGCCGCAAUCCAAGUAUACCUACACGGCAUUGAAGCCACCGGUUAUUGAAACGCCACAACUGAGAGACAUGGGAGAGGCAACGCCCCCGUUGGAGUGGAUCGGGUUACAGCGUGAUAAGCUGCCCAAUGUUACGCACCAGAUCAUCAUUGUGACCUUAUUGGAGAUAGCCAAGGAGGUGGAGGAUGCUUAUGGAACGAUUUUGGGAACGUGA